AUGCCUCCAAAAACUGAUCGAUUUUAUAAAAAUCAUCUAUAUAAAAUCCUUUCUAAUCCAUCAAAUUAUUCGGAUACAACUUUACAAGAACUCAAUUCAUUACUUCAUGAACAACCUGAUUUAGUAGAUUUUACUCAUCCAAUUGAAGGUUCUUAUUAUCAUGUUAUUUGUCGAAAUAGUCACAGUCAAUACAAUAUUGGUUUUCGAAUGAUCUAUGCAUUGAGUAAUGCUGGUGCUGAUCCAAAUGUAACAGAUGGAAUGGGUAACACACCUUUACAUGAAGCUAUUAUUCAAACUUUUGAUGAUAAUAAUUUUAAUUUAAUUCAGGCUUUAUUUCGUGUUGGAGUUGAUCCACGUAUAGUUAAUCAUGAAGGAAAAACAGCGGAUGUUUAUAUAAAAAAUAAACCACAAUUAAAAGCUUUCUAUAAAGCUUAUGGUGAAGGUAUUUGGACUGCUAUCGAAACAUGCAAUACACAAGAAAGUGAACGAUUAAUGACUGGUUUUAUUAAAGUUGAUUGUAAACAUAAUUCAAAUAAAACAUUAUUAGAUAAAGCUUGUGAUUUAAAUUGUCAAUCAAUCAUUGAUAUUCUUGCUAAUUAUCAAAUUACAACAGAAUUCGUUCAUUCAAUAUUAGCAUGUGAUUGGGAUCGAGCAUCACUUAUCUAUGAACAUGAUAAGAAUUCAUUACAAAUCUAUCCAUUAGAUACAAUACAUCGAUUAACAGAUGUUCGAAGAUAUUCCAAAUCUCUAUUAGAAUAUUGUCUUGAUACUCAAUGUUCGAAACCAUUUGAAAUGUUAUUUCAUUCAUCAAUAAUAAAAUAUGAUGUUAAUAUAUUAUGUACUGAUGGUUUACCAUUUUUUUUUCAUUGUUUCGAUGAAUUUAUUACUUAUAAUAUCCGUGAUAAUAUUUUAUUGAAUUCAAAUAUGUCAAUGAAAUCAGCUAAAGGUGAAACAAUUUUAUUUCAUCUUAUCUAUUUAUAUUCAUUAAAAGAAAAUACGGAAUAUUUAAAAAUAUUUUCAAAUAUUAUUUAUAAAAAUCCAUUAAUUUUAACACAACGUAAUGAACUCGAACAAACCAUUGUUGAUAUUAUUGAAUCGACACAAUCAAUAUCAAUGCAUAAUAAAUUACGACCAUUCUAUGAUAUUAUUAUGAAUUUAUUAAUUUCACAAUUAAAAAAUGAUAAAAUUAUUGAACAAUUUAUUUUGAAUAAUUUCGGUUAUUAUUUAUUAAUAUUUUGUAAAAAUAAAACAUUAUUAAUGACAAGAUAUGUUUAUAAAUUAUUACGUUCAUUAAAAUUAUAUCGUUCAUUACCAGUAUUAAUGUUUAAUUUUUUACAAACAAUUAUCGAGAAUAAUUUUGAAAAAUUAAAAUUAAUAUUAAAAUUACAACCGAAUAUUUAUUCUACAAAAGAUUCAUUUGGAAGAACAUGUGUACAUCUAGCAGUACUUCAUCAAAAAUAUGAUAUUUUAAAGUAA